AUGAACAACCAAACGUCAAGAUGUCUGACGCCCCGGACUCGCUCUCCUCAGACAAAGCCAAAGAAGAAGAGAUAAAUGCCGCGUUUGCUGGUAAAAAUCCCAAGAAAUUCAACCCCAACGACCCUAGCGAUGCUGCAAACUACAAUGGCCCCACAGACAGCCACAUCCUGUCGCAGACGAAACCGCAGGAUAACGAAGCGAAGGGUUUAGCGCACCGAGCUGGCGAGAACGAGCCUGGCCAAGUCUCGGAUAUAGGCUGGGGAUCAUCAGAUACUGUUCAAGAGAGGGUUGUGCCGGGAUUGUCAAAUGAGGAUCUUUUCAUGUUAAUUCGGCGGUUCAACAAGCAAAUAUACAACGUCAAAGCCGUUCCGGACGCACCGCUACAGGGACUUGACCUCGUCCGCGCGGAGGAUGACCAUUUCUCGCCCGAUAAGCUGCGCGCGACGCUAGAGCGGUUCUAUACCACCAUAAUUAUUGGAGUGACUGCAUUUCACGAGGGGAGAGCUGAUCAGGAUGUGCAGGUCUACUUCACAGCAUGGCUGCGGGAUCUCCUGAUUCCGACCAUUUUCACCACCUUACUUACUCUAGUGCUCUAUCCUCCGUCUCGCAAGUUCCUCUUCCCUCCCGCCCCGAUCGCCCUCGUCGAUACGUCCACGGGCGGAGUACAAAAGCCCAAGGCGGGCGUGCUAGGAUCCCACGAUAGUAUGACCGGCGCCCCAGAAAAGUAUAAGGGUGAAGCCGCAGAGCAAGAAGCAAGCAAUUUGAUGGCGGGUAUUGCAACAGUAGCUGUUGGUAGUGCAACCGGUAAACACGACCAGGGGAACCCCGAAGGUGCCCCAAUGGAGUCGAAGGUGCCUGAUGCAACGGACAUCGUGGCCAAGUCGGCGGAUGCGCAGGCGGCAGCCAACGGGGAGGUCCCGGCCGAGACUCAUGAUAAGACGCGCGAGCCGAUGAAGCAGACGGUGUUGAAUAGCGCAGAUCAGGCGAUGAGGGUCAUGGCUGAUGUUAUCGAUACCUGGGAGAGAUUUGCAAAUGCGCUCUCGCCUACGCCUCCAUUCUCGAUGAUGACGCCUCGUUUGAGACUCGCUGGGGUUUUGGCAUCGGGGCUCCUGGUGGCAUUGCUCACGUCUAGUUAUGUCUUCAUGAAGAUAGCAACCUUUUCUGUAGGAUUGGCCUUCUUCGGCGACCCGCUUAUCCAACGAGGCAUUCAGUAUCUCAACCGCGAGUAUCCGCACUGGAAGGAGUUGUCGCAGUUGCAAAACACCCUGCUCAAAGGCGUCCCCACGAACGCUCAGCUCACCCUGACCCUCCUCCGCAUCGGCGAAGCAAACGCUGCUCCCCUCCCACCACCUCCUUCUGGGUCUGUAGAAAAGGCACCCUCCCAACCGGCAUCAAUCGACCACGACACACUCAAGCUUGGCGCCGCUCCAAACGAGAUCGAUCGCGCGGCAGCCCCUGAGCCAGAACAUCCCAACAUGCACCAACAGGAGAAGGCGGAAUUCGAGAAACCAAAACAAAAGAAAGGCUUCGGCGCCAAGCUUCUCUCCUUCUUCCGCGGUACCACUGCUGCCGGUAUAGAGAGCAAACUCGCCAUCUCGCACGCCCGCGCUGAAAUCGGUAACCUCCACGCCAAAAACCAAAAGGGCGUUCUCCGCAAGAAGGGCCUCGAAACGCUCCCAAUGGGCCCCGUUGAAUUCGAUGCGCGGUACCAAGGACAUAGGGGAAUGGCCAUUAUUGAUUCCUCGCACGAACCGGCGUUGCUCUAUUUUACAACGGACGAGACGGCGCAGCUCGGUGAUUAUCGGAUGGAGAGUCGGAAGAACGGUAGCGUGUAUUUCGAUAUACCUGUUAGCGAUAUCAAAGAGAUGAGGAAGAUUGGCGGGAUGGGGUGGAAGGGGAAGCUUGUGACCGGGUGGGCUGUUGGCGGGAAGGAGGUUGUUGAUGGGAUUGUGGUGAAAGGGAAUCACUCGCACCAGGAGUUCCAGUUGACGGCCGUAACUAAACGGGAUGAACUGUUUAACCGGCUGGUUGCGAUAGAUGGACAGGUUUGGAAUAGCUUUUGA